AUGAUUCAUGGCCCAUGCGGCAAUCUUAAUCGUUCAUCACCUUGCAUGGCAGACGGAAAGUGUACUAAAAGUUUUCCGAAAUAUUUCACUAACGAUACAAUCACAAAUGUUGAUGGAUAUCCAACUUAUCGUAGAAGACAUCCCGACAAUUGCGGACAAUCAUUUGUUAAAAAUAUUAACAGCGUAGACAUUGACAUUGAUAACCGUUGGGUGGUCCCAUAUUCGCCUCUGCUGAGUAAAACAUUCAAUGCUCAUAUUAAUGUUGAGUUCUGCAGUUCAGUGAAGAGCAUCAAAUACAUUUGCAAGUAUGUGAAUAAAGGCAUUGAUAUGGCUGUUUUUCGGUUUGAAAAUACAAAUUUGAAUGCUCCUCCCAUUAAUAAAGAUGACGAAAUAACACUUUAUCAAAUUGGCCGGUACGUCAGCUCCAAUGAAGCUGUUUGGCGUAUCUUUGGUUUCCCAAUUCAUGAACGGGAUCCAGCAGUUACUCAUUUAGCCGUCCAUCUUGAAAACGACCAGCGCUUAUAUUUCACGAGCGAGACAGCGUUUGAUUGUGCUAUUAGUCCACCAAAAAUUACACUCUCUGAAUUUUUUGAAUUGUGUAAUCGUGCGGAUGCUUUUGGUGCUUUCACACGGACAUUACUCUAUUCAGAAGCACCACGCUAUUUCACAUGGGCUGCUACAAAAAAAUGGAUGCCUCGCAAGCAAGGUACGCCAAUUGAUGCAUGUCCCGGUUUAUUCAAAUCAAAUACCUUGGGGCGAGUAUUUACAGUCAAUCCAAAGCAGACUGAGUGCUUCUAUCUUCGACUGUUAUUGGUUAAUAUCACCGGCCCAUUAUCAUUUUAA